AUAACAGUCGCUAUGUUUUGUACAUACGUAUAUCACCUUCAUUACAGUUUAAGGCUUACAAUAAAAGGAGUAACGAUCUCCUUUUCCGUUUAAAAAUAUACCUAAAUCGCGGGAAAUUAGUUCUUUUAACUUUUUCUUUUGUGUCAGUUGGCAAGUUUUUAAUCGCAUUUAUAUUCGGCCAGUGUUUUUUAACCAUAAGGACCUUGGACGCUGACGUCAGGAGUGUGUGCGUGUGUGUGUGUUGCCAUUACAUAAAUUGAUUGCGCUAGUGUUGUGCUUUGAUAAGGCGUAAAUGAAAUGGUAAUCGAUAGAUUGCGUUGCUAGUUUAUUGUGUUUACAUCGAUUUGGGUUGAAUUAAUCGGGCGGCGUGUCAGCGUGUUACGGAAAGUGACAGUGAUCGUUGAGAAACCGUUGACUGUGAACCCGCCUUGCACCACUAGUUCCGCUUCUAAGUUCAAACUCGAGAAAGCCGCGUUGUACGUUGUCCAUUGAAGCAUGUGUGCGCAGUGAGUCAAGCUGGCGGGGUACAGACACGCAGUGUACGCCGGCGCGGCGUACCACGCGCGCACGCAGCACCACCCGCUCAAUGCCAAUGGCGAGCCAAUCAAAUUGCCGGAGAACCUGGAGAGCCUGCCGCGCGCCGAGCACUUCGCGGCGCAGCGGCACCGCUGGAACACCAAUGAGGAAAUUGCGGCUAUCCUCAUCAGUUUCGACAAACACAGCGAAUGGCAGUCAAAAGAAGUCAAAAUUCGACCGAAGAGCGGCUCGAUGCUGCUCUACAGUCGCAAGAAGGUGCGCUACCGGCGCGACGGCUACUGCUGGAAGAAGAGAAAGGACGGGAAGACCACCAGGGAGGACCACAUGAAGCUGAAGGUGCAGGGGACUGAGUGUAUAUACGGGUGCUACGUGCACUCGGCCAUCCUGCCCACGUUCCACCGCCGCUGCUACUGGCUGCUGCAGAACCCUGACAUAGUGCUUGUUCACUACCUGAACGUUCCAUACCCGGAUGACAACAAGCUGGCGACAGUGGCGCCAAGCCUCGCCCUCUGGGCCGACAAGAAAGAGUGGACGAAAGAGGAACUAGUCAGCCAACUGAAACCAAUGUUUUUCAGUGAAGAUGAACCCGAUAUCAACAAUGAAUUGGAAAUAUCGGUCAGUAAUUUGGUUAAGACAAUUUCAACUAAUAACAAACAACCGUUUAGCUUAAACGAAAACAGUAAACCACUCAAAAGUAAUAAAAUAUUUCAGACGGCAGAAACUGUAGAGGCUAUAGUAGGUCAGUUGAUGGAAAAACAGAGAGCUGCUAGAGCGGCCGCGUUAGCGAGACAGCUCGAGUGUGGUUGCCCAGACUCCACCUGCCAAGACUCGCGGACUUGCGUGCACCCACUCAGACGCAUCCAAGCGGCCAAGCCUCCGCCGUCCGACCAUCACGUGUCGUCCACCACCGGGCCCUCCCCGAGGCCAAUGACGCAACCUCCCAGACAGUACACGAGGGAUCACAGACCUGCUCCGCAACAGAACUCUCCUCUGCUACUGUCACUAGGCCAAAUACAAGGGGGAGGUGGAUUGCUUAUACUAAACGGAGCUGCCAAUGGAACACAGCAGCAUUCCUCUCUUGUCUCUCCUUUAUCAGUGACUUCGUUCGUUUGCGAAGAACCCAGGGAUCGAUACAGGCAACAGUAUAAGCCAACAUUUGUACUUAAAAGAGAAGUACCAGAUAGCCAGCCGUCUUCUUGUUUCCACAACUCUGAUUCAGCCUUCGAAGUCACUGAAGGCCAAGUAGAAGAGCAGGUGGAAGUAGAAACUUUUGAGCGUAGAAUUAAAACUGAACCGAAAAGCCGAAACCAAAUUAUUGCCAGUGCUCCAGCAACGCCCUCGAGAUAUCCAGACAUCAUAGAGCGCUUAGAGAGCAAAGGAAUAGCAGACCACUGCGAAGAUACGCUGGUGCUACUCGGAUCGGACGGACACUUAGGUCCUGCAAGUGGAUUUUUCGAUGAAACAUUGGAACUUUCUCAUGACGAUAUACAAAAGACUUUGUCAGCUAACAUGCCUACAUGUGAUUUAGAUAGGAGUAGUGUGAGGACUACUGAGACGUCAAACGUUAUGGUAUCAGGAAUAGACACCAUGGACUUUAUAGAAAGUUGUGAAGCUGUGGCGUCGCCGACGCAAGUCGUUGAUGACAAUGUGUUCGUGAAUCUGGAUGCUUUUGACAUGCUUGGAGAUUUUCCUGAGCUAGAAGUUCUGGAUCCCAACACAAUAUCAAACAACACUAUUAGCAUAUCUCACUAUUUUCAGCCUACCCGGGGUAAAUCCCCGCCCAGACAAGAAAGUGGUAUUGAAAAGAUGGUGACAGAUUCCCCGGCAAGUGAGACUCUAAACAUAGCGGAUUAUUCACCAGAAUGGGCCUACCCCGAGGGAGGAGUGAAAGUGCUGGUUGCUGGGCCGUGGAACGAGACAACGGAUCAGUACACUGUUCUGUUUGAUAAUUUUCCAGUACCUUCGAUCUUGGUGCAGAACGGUCUUCUGCGAUGCUAUUGUCCUGCUCACGAAGCAGGUCUAGCGGCUCUUCAAGUGGCUCGUGGCGGGAAGGUGGUCUCAGACACCGUGGUGUUCGAGUACAAGCCGGCUCCGGCCAGCGCCUCCUCUUCACCCACGUCCGCUCCUCUGACGUCACUGGAUCUUCAGAAGUUCUCUCUUCUGCAGCGCUUGCAACGGCUCCAUGGGAGGAUGCAAGUCAAAAUUGAGCCUAUGGAUGAAAGUAGCCAGGUUGAAGAUGCCCAGCUGUACUCGAAUCCUAAAUUCGAAGAGCGACUUUUGAUGUUCUGUCGCACUCUGAGCUCCCGAUCGACCGGGGCCACGUCUGAAGGCUACACCACAGAGCCAGGAGAAGAAGGGUCUUCAAUACUGCAUCUGUCGGCUGCACUGGGUUACACGAAGUUGACGACUGCACUGUUGCGGUGGAGGCAGGAUGACAGCAGCAUCGCAUUGGAGAAGGAAAUUAAUCUAGGGGCAAGAGAUAGCGAAAAUUUUACGCCUUUGAUGAGAGCCAGUGCAGCGGGCCACACCGACACAGCGCUAGUCCUGGCCCGCUGGAGCGCGGGCUGGCGGUGCGAGGCUGGCGCCACGCAGGCAGUCGCCGCGGCCAGGCGGGCCGGACACACCGUCCUGGCCAACACUUUGGAGAGAAUACACCCUCCGAAGAAGGAUGGAGUGUUUUUGAAGCCUGAUCGUUUGGCUCAAAAAAACCGAGCUGGCAGUCUUGAAACCAACCUGGUGAAGCGACCCUCCGUCGACAGUGGCAUUAACAUGGCUGAUGCAUUCAGAUCCAGCUCAGCGAUCGACAAGCCCGAAGGAAAACUGUCUGCCCGAUGGGAGAGAAGCAUGUCGCUGCCUUUAGACUCGGACACCUCUGAAGAUAGCUUUGGUGACUCCAAGAUUGGAAGGCGCAUGGAUUUGGCACUGUGCGAGACAGCGGGCGGGCCGCGGUCUGAGAGCCCGCUCAUAGACGUGGAAGCGAUGUCAGACGACGCGGCUUCCCCUUCGCCAACCGACAGCCCCCCACCUCGGAAAGGGGAGCAAGAUGACCGGGUGUUUACGCUAGCUGAGCAAAUUAUUGCAGCCAUGCCGGAGAGAAUAAAGAAUGAGAGCUCAUCACUGUUCUCUGGUUGCGGGUUGGAUGGAGGCUCGGCCGGGGGUGAGGACACCCUCAUGGUUCCUCUCCUUGAUGACACCACUACAUUCAACAGUGAAUUUAGUUUUGAAUUUAGUGAUAAUACCUAUAGGUACUGUGGCGGUUCUACUCCUUGUUCUUCAGGGUCAGUGUCUCCUGGCUCGGUGCUGUCCCCGCCCCCGCCCUCGCCCCGCGCGCCUCCUCCCGCGCAUCCGGCGACGCUGCAGGAGUUCUUGAAUGCUACUACACACUUCUCUAAUCUUACUUUGAAUGACCGCGAGCAGCGAGAGUUGUACUCGGCGGCCAUCACGAUCCAGAAGGCGUACCGCCAGUACCGCGGGCGGCAGCUGCAGCGGCGCGCGGCGGCGGCGGCGAUAACCAUACAGAACUGCUACAGGCGCUAUAAACAAUUCGCGUACCUGAAAGAGAUGCACGCGGCGGCCACGGUGAUCCAGAAGAGCUAUCGCUCGUACGCGUCGCGCCGCCGCUCCUCCGCCACCGCGCAGGGACAGAACAACGCCAUGAAGAGGACAUACUCGCAAAGGCGCCAAAAUCAAGCAGCUAGAAAGAUUCAACAGUUUAUGAGGCAAUCCAAAAUUAAUACUUGGGAAGAAUUUUCUGCGAACGUUGCAGAGCGUGCGAGCAGAAAGCGCGAGGGUGGCCCAGCCGUCGCCGGGUGCCCACCGAAACUCUCCGCCGCGCACCACCAGUACACCACACAUGCCCAAUAGGGUCGUCGAUUACUUGGCGCCGGAAUCUCCUAUGGACGCCAACGAAGAUUUGAUUUUGGAGCUCCUAUUCAAAAUGUAAAACGGAAGCUGUCAGCCCUUCAACAACAAAGAAUGACGAAAAAAAAGAAAGUAGUUUAGUGAACUAGCUGGCCACAAAAUUUAUAAGCAAUUAUUGCAAAUUGACGUGGCAUAAACGAUCAAAAGGCUAUAUAGCACAGAUACGUCACCAAAAGGUUCAUGAUUAAAUAGAUUUUGAAAAAUAUGUUUAACCAGGUUUGACCUAAAAGACCUACGAGUAAUAACAGCACUUCAAGCCUUGUCUGUUUUAAAAUAUUUCAUUUGACUUUCUUAAGUCUUCAAACAAAAUGGAUUAUUUCUUUAAGUCUUAAAGGAUAUUAGUAAUUUAUUGAACACCUAUUAGUAAGUAGCUUAGCAUCUAUUGUAAUUAUUUCAAUGGUUUUAGUAUCACAUUUCUUUAGACAUUAUUAGAUUGUUUUUCUACGUAUUUUCUUUUAAACUCUUCAGGUCAUAGACAGGGUUAUAUUAAGUAUAAAUUUUAUCGUAUUUGUAUGUAUUAUAUUUUCAUAACGUAUUUUUGAGACGUUUGUUUAGGACAUUUAUUGGAAUCAUAUUUUUAAAACUAAAUUGAAUGUAAAGAAGUUUAGGUCAUCGCUGUUUGUCUCAGUUGUCAUGAAAAUACUAAGUUAGUUUUUGAAUUAGCUAUUACGAGUAUCCUUCACUGACGUUUUUGCAUUUUUAGGAUGAUCAUUGAUGAAAUCAAACCAUUUCAGUAUUAGUCUGCUUCUAUUAUAGUUUUUUUUAUAUAAUUUAAAUGUAAUAGAAAACGUUUAUCUUGAGGUCUCGAACUCAGUACUUUAUAUCAUUUAAAACUUUCGAUCUUAACGAAUAAGUAGGUUAAGUACAAAUUUAAACUAUUAAAAGCCACUGUUCUUAAAAUGUAGAUGCACGUAGCGUAUAAUACAAUAAACCCGAUGAGCUGUGAGUAUUUUGAGAUUUUAUCGUAUUUAAGAGAAAAAUCAAAACGAGAAAACAUACUAAAAAGACAUUAAUUAGAUUGACUCUACGUCAAAAGUUUAACUUCUUAAUGAACUCUGUAUUGUUUCAGCCUAAUAGUUCAAAGACUUAUUUUAGUCUAUAUUGCAGUGAAAUGUUCAAUAAUGCCUUAGAUUUACUCUUAAAGUCAUCUAUCGAUUUUACAAAAUCAUUAAUUCCGUAACGAUUUUGUUACCAUUUCAUGAAUAUUUUAUAUUUAAAAAAACUUAUGUCAUUCAUUAUAAUUGAUAAUUGAUAAUAUUAUUUUGUCCUUCUCAUAAUAAUUAUUAUACUAAGUAUUUAUCAUCUUUAACUGAUUUACCCUGUCACUAUUACCUUAUUUAAAAUUAUACUUACUAAUUCAUAUUAAAAAAUAUAGUUUAGGAUAUUUGAGUUAGAUCCAUAAGAAAGCUAUGCCAUAACUAUCUAGCGUUCAUGAAAAAAUAAGGUUGUGCACCACUUAAUAUAGAAUACCUACUUAAAUAUUCCCUUUUCUGAAUUCUCUGAUAUUUUAAUGUAGUUUAGUACUUUAGACUAAGGUGAUAGGAGUAAUGUAGCUUAAUUAUGAAACGACGAGCGACCGUCUGACUAUUUUCGAUUCGUAUUUUUAUAAAGCAAAAGUUACGAUCGAGCAUGUUGCUUUGCUUGUGCAGGAUGUGCAGGCCCAGACUAGAGGAUAUCAAAAUGGAGUUUCGAGAAUGAUUCUUUGAAUAAUAGUUUAUUGGACUUUUUCGUGUCGUUCAAAUUUUAAAAUUGUCGGUUCGGUGAUUGACUAAAAGUGAUUUAAUUCUUCUUGUUUUUCUCACUUAAAAUUUUGAAUGGUCGAGAUUUGAUAUUCAGAACAUUGUAUUGUAAAAGGAAGUAUAGUCGCACGAAGCUGAUUGAGUAUUUAUAACCGUCCAUAGUGGCGGCUUUUGCACCCUUCGGUAGCGAUUGCAAAAGUCGCAACCACGAGAUUCAGGCGAACUCUAAGGCAAUGGUAUCAGAGUUGAGAUUCGCUUGCAGAGAAACGGCACCCGAGGGCGCACACGACUACAACGUGUAUAUUUUAUAUUUUUGGAACGCUAAUUUUAAGAUGUUAUAUUUAUAUAUGUAUAUGUAGUGACGGCGAAUACUGAAAUCAGUGUUUCACGAUGUAUUACGCCAAAAGUUUUGAUGUAUUCAUUUUCCAAUAACGAUUAUCUCUCCUUUUUAGUUGGAAACAAAUAGUUCGAUUAGCUAGUGGUCAGUAUGCAUUGAUAUAUUUUUGGAAUAGCGUGCACGAUUGCUUAUGGAGCGCCGACAUAUUUACGGAACGGAAUAAUCGAAGAAUAACAAUAAAAAUAUUUUUAAUUAACGACGACGUUUUGAACGCGACACCUCUGAAAGCAAUAAUAUUUUUGUGGUAAUAUCGCAGUGUUGUUAAGAGAAAUAUUUUAUUAUCCAUUCGGACUGUCAAUCACGUAUAACCGUGUGCUUCUUAGAGCGGUCAUCGGCAUGCUACAAUAUAAUUACACAUUUAGAUAACAGUUUAUCUAAUGGUAAAUGGUAUGGGAGAAUAUAAUGAGAAUGAUGAUGAAACGAUUUCGCGAUAGACGAGGUGUUAAUUAGUCAAUGCUAGAUCGAUUGAUAGAAUCCGUGUAAAGGGUAUGAGUAUUACUUGAAAUGUGAAGUGAGUAAAGUAAUGAAGCAAGUCGGUAGUAGCAUGGCCGUGACUGACAUAGGGUAUGACCACAAGCUACAGAAAAGUGCACUAAAAAUAGGAUAGUUAGAUAAAUUAUUACUACUUAUAUGAAAUAAAUCUUGAAAUCUACAUUUUAGAAAAUUAAAAGUUUAAAGUUUAACUCAUACUUUUUAUUAUUAUUAUAUAUUAUAUAAGACGCUUGUUCACACAUUUUAACUUCAUAUUUAGUGAGUAUUCCUAAGACUUAUUAUAUAUUAUGAGGAUAAAAGUGUCGAUAAGGUUCUGAUUAUGUAAAGAGUGGGACAUUAUAGUGAGACGAGUGUUGGCAUAACUACUAUGUAUUCGGCGGGCUGAAAGAUUAGGACUAUAUUUUUGCCAAAGGCAUGAAUUUCUGCUUUCUAUUGUGAUAUUUUUGAUGAAAAUAAUUUUGUUAAAAUUAUUUGAAAAUCUUAUUCAUUGUUUUACUGAAUAUGCCUUUAGUUUUAAAAGCACUUUGUCAUUUCUAGACACUUGCUUUGUUCAGCUUUUCCGAAUAAGCUUGAGUUUUUUUGAACAAGCCUGCCUAAAAUGUAUUGCAUAUCAAAAUUAGAUAGUAACUUAUUGUUAAAAACAAUUUUGCGUACCUAGUUCUGAUGGAAUUUGAACGGUUUUAAUCCACGUCUCUUCAAUAAUAUGUAUGUUGAAAAUUUUCUUGAGAUCCAAAUGAUUUAGCUUUAUAAACCUUUCCAUUAUAAAAAUACAAAAGGAUCAAAAACCCUUCAUAGGCAACCUUUAUUUUGUUCGGAUGAAGUAGUACAGUUUGAUUGAUCACGCAACCAACUUUAGAUAAUGGUUCAGUGGGACAAUGCUUUAUUUAAACCAACGGUGACAGAUUACGUGAAAGUGUGAAAUAUCUUCAGUUAACAAAAAUUACUGCUUGAAUUUAGCCUCUGACUGUAACUGUAACGUCAAAUGGAUGUAAUCAAAAUAGAUUAUUGAUAUCCAUGGAUGGCAUUCUAGCAUUGUCUUUGUUGCCGCAUAAACAUACCUACUACAUUAUAGGAGAUGGUAGUUAUAUUUGUAAGGGUUUGUUUGUUAUCCGUCUUCUAAAGAUAGUUGAUUGAAACCUACGCUGUUUAAAUAAAUACGUUUUAUCUUCCACGUCGUUAAAUUUAUGUUAUUUCAGUUAAUAAGCUAGUACUCUGUUUAAAAUUUAAGGUUCUCUUAUCUUUAGCAUUCUAGGUACACAGCUUCAAAUAAUUUUUUGAUAUUGUAGCGUAUAUAAUAGCAAAUUUUUUAAAUACCUUUGUGAAUAACGAACGUUUGUUUGCAGUUUCAAUUAAGAUAUUGUUAUUUAUGCUAAGUUUUUCAUUUUAAAUGAAACAUUAGGUAAUAUUAUUUGUACUGCCAGUAUUUGUAAAAUAUGCAAUAAUUAUGUACUUAAUGUAAAAGUUAUUUAUGGUUUUAGUCUGUUGAGUAUAUGAAAAUUUAUGUAUUAGUUGGGUUUUUACAAUGUAUCAUUGUAUUAUGUCACUGUAGAAUUUUGGCAUUUGAUUGAAACCUAACUUGAAUUACGGUCUUUAGAACUAAAUAACCUUGAUUAUUAUUAGGAGAUUACUAAUUCAUAUAAUGUUAUUAUCUUAAUAAUAACGAGGUCCUAUGAAUUCUGGCAAAGUGAUUUCGCUUUGUUAUGAAAAUCUGAUACUUAUUAUUGUAAUUAUUAUUGUUUUGUUGUCAGAUAGAGAGAAAACGCAGAUUAUGUAUACAAAGUGGUUUGAAAUGUAAUACAAAGUUGAGCCCACGCGGUUGAAUGUAAUUAAAACAUAAAAAUCUUCCUUUGUAAUUAUGUAUUAUCUAUAAACACUACAAAUUAUUGAAUUGUGAUUCAAAGCAAUUAAAAAUAUUACUGCUGAUUAA